AUGGGAAAACGGAUUGCAAUCAUUGGUGGAGGACCGGCUGGUCUUGCCGCAGCAAAAGCGAUUGGACUUGAGCCAAAUGCAAAGGACAAGUUUUCAAACGUCGAUCUUUAUGAGCGCCACUCAAAUGUGGGUGGAUUAUGGACUUACACAGGAAAUAAAGAUUUGGUUCGUGCACAGGUUCCCUCUACAACAAAUGAGAACUCCGGAGAGAUUUUAUCAGCAAGUGCAAGAACUUCAGAGGAAAGAUUUGUCAGUCCAAUGUAUGAAAAUAUGGAGACAAAUAUUCCAAAGGAUAUAAUGCAGUUUCGUGAUUUUCCUAUGCCCGAGGAAUACGAAUCCUUCCCAACCAGAGGGGAGAUUGCUGAUUAUAUUAGAUCGUAUGCUAGAACGAUUCCAUCUAACGUGAACUUACUUUAUAAUAAAAAUAUUAUAUCACUCACGAAGAAGGAUAAUGAAUGGGAACUCGUGUACCAAGAUCUCAACGACAGGGAUAAUGAAUUCACAAGAAAAUAUGAUGAUGUUGUUUUGGCCCAGGGUCACUUUGAUUCUCCAUACAUCCCGGAUGUGCCUGGCCUUAAGGAGUGGUACAACAAGGAUCCGGAAUCAAUUACGCAUUCUAAGUAUUUCAACAACGUGAAGCCAUAUAAAGGGAAGAAUGUUCUCAUAAUUGGAAAUUCAGCGUCUGGACUUGAUAUUGCUACCCAAUGCAUUACGUAUGCGAAAAGCGUUACCAUGUCAUCAAAAUCUGAGUCUCCAUUUAAAGACGUGAUCAUUUCUGAUGUUGGACAGAUUGGUGUUGUUGCAAAGUAUGACAUAAAUGAUAAUAGAUCGGUGACCACAGUAGAUGGAGAAAAGAUUAAGGAUAUUGACGUUGUGAUUUUCUGCACUGGCUAUCUUUACAAGAUACCAUUUUUAAAGUCUUAUCAAGGAGGAGAGACUGGCUUAACUGGAACAGGUUCACAGUUCCGUUAUUUAUACAAGCAAUUGUUUUACAUUCCAGAUCCAACUUUAAGUACAAUGCUCGUCCCGCAAAAGAUAAUCCCAUUUCCAUUUGCGGAAUGCCAGGCACAGUAUAUUGCACGUGUUCUAUCCGGAAGGGUUAAUCUUCCAUCAAAAGAUGCUAUGUUGAAGGAAUAUAAAUUAGAGCUUGCCGAGAAGGGUGAAGGUAAUGCUUUUCAUGUUAUGCCUGGGACCGCAGAUUGUGAAUACUGUAAUACUUUGUUUAAGGAAAUCAAAGGAACAGACAAGGAUGGUUUUGUUGCCGAGUACUGGGAUGAGCGGAGAACUGAGAGAAGAGCCCAUAUAGUGGAGUACAAAUCAAAAAGGCUCCAACUCAUCGUUAAAUACGCUGAAAAGCUUCAGAAAGAAAACAACCCGUACGUUUUACUUAGAGGUGAAUUCAACCCAUAG